AUGGCAGACUUCCUGACAGCUGUCAAGACUGUCGGCAAGAAGUCCAACGACGAAGUAGAGCCUUCGCUCACGGCAGUCUCGACUCGACAGGUUCAAGACAAGGUCCGCAAAGCUUUUACUUCAACAGCGACGACACCAGAGGAGGCGCUGCAAGUCCUGCGAUCACAGCCAGAUACAGACAGCUUGAUUCGGAUCCUAAAACAGCUCCAAUCUGAGGACGCUUUCAAACCUGCUUUCUCGCUCCAUCCGCCUGGCCCGUUGCAAGCACAGAUCAUCAAUGCUAUCGUCAGCCAGAUCAUUCCCGCUUUCUGGCCAAGCCUCGAGAGGAACGAUCGAGAUCCGAUCAUAACAUGUCUGACCAACGUUGCUGGCAUUAGUGCCGUGGCAGCCAAGGUGAGGCUGCUCUCCGAUUCGAAACAGAAGUCUCCGGGACAAGCGCAAGAGCUGGCCGAUCUUGUGUCUGCCCUUCAUGAUGUCUUAUCAAGCGAUGACUUGGUUCUGCGCAUCUUGAGCGGGCUGGCGAUGUCUGUAAUCGAGAAAGUCAAAUUUCAGAUGGCAAAGAAAGAGCUUGUCAGUCUCAUCAGCUCUGGCAAGAUCAUUGCAGCAACGGCACAAGCUGAAGACUUGUUGAAGUCUACCGACAUCAAACUCGACGCAACGUGGAUGUCGAGAGGCACUGACCAUGCAGCAUGGAUCGGUCGAAAUGUGGCGAAUCUGUCAAUGAGCCUCCCUUCAGAUUCAGAGAUCGCUGCCCAGAUCCUCGCUCGUGGUCUUGGUCUCGGCUACUCGAUUUGCGUUGUCAAAGGCUUCAUUGGCGCACUUCUUGAGAAUCAAGAAUCGUACAGCGCAGAGAUCGACUCGGUACUAAAAGCGACCAUUGGAAGCCUUCCAGCUUUUGCGAGAAACCAACUCAUUGAGAGCACGCUUCUUUGGCUUUCAAGCCUGACCGAGAGUGAUGUCGGGACGAACCAGAUCUCCCAAGCGCGAGACCAUGUGGCACCCAUUGCCGCGCUUAUCGACCUGUUGUGCAAGUCGAAUGAAAGUGUGCGCAAGCAGGUGGUGGAAAUACUGGCGACUCCUUCACGAACGAGUAUUUUGUCAUUUGUGGUCCGACGAGCUUGUAUAGCCGUUGUUGCAGACGAUGACCUCCAGCCUCUGCUCGAACGCCUCAUGGCCACUUUUGGUGAUCACCUCUUCGUUGCGCACUCACCCAGCGUCCAACAAGAGAGCAUUGCUCAGACGCUUCUGCUGGUUGCAGGGUCCCUCCACCACAGUACCCCGACGGCCGUGAAGAUGACUGCGAGAUCUUCUAGCCACAUGCAAGGCAUCAGCAAUCGACUCGACAGCACCAACGCCAAAGCAAGAUGGCUUGGCAUGGUCGUCGGCACAGCCAUGUCGUCGCUUGUCGACAAGGAAGGCUCACGAAUGAAUUUUGGUACGGACGAGCUGAAGACCAACGAAGGGAGGUGGUAUCUUGAGCUUGUGAAGAUUAAUGAUUCCGUCGGACAAAUACCUGAUUUCGUCAAGUUCUUACAGUCCUCCGUUGGAGCAGUGCGACGGCAGAAGAGAACCGCUCGCAAGACUGAACAAAUGCCAAUAUUGAACGGCAAGCCGGUCUUUGGACCUGUCAAACCUCCGGCGCCUGUGCAAAAAGAGGUCAUUGGCGACAAAGUCACAGAAAUAUUCGACGAUGGUAGCGAUGAGGAAGACGCAGAUCUCAAGCCAUACGCGAAGCCGGACAGCGAUCCAGAAGACAGUGAAGAAGACGCAACUCUGGUUACUCGGAACAAACCCAGGGCGCCUGUGUACGUCCGAGACCUGAUGCGUAUGCUUCAAGAUGACAAGAGCCCCGAGCGCUUCCAGAUGGGUGUCAUUCAUGCUCCACUUCUUAUCAGAAGGAAAACGAGCUUCGGGCGUGAGGUGACAGACCAUGCCGAAGAGAUUGCCACCAUUCUGUGCAAUUUACAGGAUCCCUUUGAAACGGAGAAUUUUGACGAGCUGAAGUUGCAGGCGCUCAUCGCUACCAUCCUCAGUGACGUUCACAUCACGGCUCCGUGGAUGAGUAGACAAGCCUUUGCAGGCGACUACUCGCUCUCGCAACGCUGCAUGAUACUGAGUGCGCUAGGACUUGCAGGACGAGAACUGGCGGGUUGCAAGAACGAAGACUCACUCAACCCAGAUCCAUCAUCCGGAAAACCUACAUUCCCAACCAAGCGGCUAUCAUCACAUCUCCAUGCGAUCUACAACCCGUCGGACAAGUCCAUCAAACAUCUCCACGACAUCAGCCAAAAGGUCGAGCACAGACUCAUUCAGCCACUCGCACUCUCGGCCGCCGAUAAAUCGACCUCCCAUCUGGACGCUGUCAAAGUUCGGACCUUUUCUUCUCGUAUGGCCGUCGAACAGCAGCGCACGAAACGCAAGCUGCCCCCCAAUGAGCUGGCCAAAAUCUUUGGAUCGCAUUUCUUCAAUCCUCUGGUGUCCCGGUACCACCAAGAGAUUGCUGCUUAUGGUUCCGCCAGCGUCUUCAGCUCCGCUCCGUUUGUGGUUGUGACGUUGCUCAAGACCCUGGCGCUGCUCUUCCAUGCUUCGGGCCCGGCGAUGGCUGAGUUGGCCGAAGUCACAACUGUGUUUUGGGAAUUGCUGUUGAGUCUCAGGGCGAAGGCGAGCGGAGAUAUCAGUAUACUACAAGCUGUGCUGUUCUCGUUUCUCACGGUGCUGGAGAUCGCUGGUGAGGGUCUUGGUCGGGAGACGCUGGCGAGAGACUAUACUAAGUUGGUCGUCGAGACUCAGAAUUGGGUUGAAAUUGUCUUCGAGAAGACGGGUGGUGGGCAACUAGUCAGCGAGGGCAGUGGUGAUGAGGUCAGGGUGCGGACACUGGCCGCGGGUAUCCUCGUGAGGUUGAAAGAGGUUGGCGAUGCAUGGAACAAGGUUCUCACUGGUGGUAUGAUGGUUUGA